GCCGGAAGAGAGGUCGAAAAAAAGAGACCAAGUUGCUCAUCUUUUCUUGCUGCUGUUGCUGCUGUUGUUGCUGCUGCUGUUGCUGCUGCUGGCGAUGACGGCGAUGAUGGUGUGUGUGUAUUUGUUGAGGUGCUGGGAUGCUGCUGUAGCCUGUCAGACGAACACCAGAAAAGGAGACUCAGGGGCCAAAAGAAGAGGGGAACGAAGGAUCGACUAUGAAAAAAAGGCCUUGUCGACGGUUGGAUGUGGUGUAAACAGGAUAAGGAUAAAGACAGCACCAGCUAGUCCGGGGAUACGUAAAGAGGCACCAGGCUGGUCCUUACAAGAGGCCGGCGACAGAGUGCCAUGGUGCUGAAGACAGUUGCAGCAACUCAAAGGCUCUCUCUUUCCAGCGCACAGCCUUUCGGCGAUAUAUGCGCCCAUUCGAUAGAACAUGCUACCGAUCCGUGUCACAAUAUUUUUAAGCGCCGAUUGACACCAAGGCCGGUCUCAUUUUGCAGCGAAGGAACCUUAUCAGGGGGUCCCCGGAUCUAUGGGCUCCGAUGUUACAGCCUCGCCAACCAAACGAGGUGAAAGCAGCUGCCGACACUUGAUGGCAAAAAUGAUAG